CACGUAUUUAAUGGUUCAUUUCUUUGUAUUUAAAAAAACAAACACACAGAGAGAACCUGCUAUCCCAGCAGAUGUUUCCAUCUCUAAAAGUGCACUGUACUCCCGGAUCAGCACCUCGGAUGCAGAAAGCACCACGGCACUUCUCUACCCCCAGCAGGACUUAGACUCUGCGCUACGACUCGCCAGAGCAGAGAUUGUGGCCAAGGAAAGGGAAGUGUCUGAGUGGAAAGAGAAAUACGAAGAAAGCAGAAGGGAAGUGAUGGAAAUGAGGAAAAUAGUUUCAGAAUAUGAGAAGACGAUUGCCCAGAUGAUAGGCAAGCCUGAGGAUGAACAGAGAGAGAAAUCUGUCUCCCAUCACACUGUGCAGCAGCUGAUAGUGGAGAAGGAACAAGCUUUGGCAGAUCUGAACUCAGUGGAGAAAUCACUGGCAGAUCUUUUCAGGAGAUAUGAAAAAAUGAAAGAAGUACUGGAGGGGUUUCGGAAGAAUGAAGAAGUGUUAAAGAAAUGUGCGCAGGAAUAUUUAUCACGAGUAAAGAAGGAAGAGCAGAGGUAUCAAGCACUCAAAAUUCACGCUGAGGAAAAACUGGACAGAGCCAACGCUGAAAUUGCACAAGUGAGAGGCAAGGCUCAGCAAGAGCAAGCAGCGUAUCAGGCCAGCCUUCGUAAAGAGCAGCUGAAAGUGGACGCAUUGGAAAGAACACUGGAACAAAAGAAUAAAGAGAUAGAAGAAUUAACAAAGAUUUGUGAUGAACUGAUUGCCAAAAUGGGGAAAAGCUAACUUUUAACCAAAUUUCUGGACUUCGAUACUGAGUGCAAUAUGACCAUUGGCACACUGAUGUCCAUACAUUUACAUGGACAGGUUAUAUUUUCACUUUUUCGUAUGCACUACUGUAUUUUCUUUCUAAAUAAAGUUGAUUUAAUUGUAUGCAGUACUAAGAUGACUAUCAGAAUUUCUUGCUAUUGUUUGCAUUUUCAUAGUAUAAUUCAUAGCAAGUUGAUCUCAAAGUUCCUGUAUCAGGGAGAUUGUCAAGUUCUCUAAGAAAUUACAAAUUGCUGAUCCUAGCCUUCCCUUUGUACAUGAGUUCCCAUGUUGGAUGUCUUUUGGAUUUAAUAUAAACAUGUAUUACUUGCAUGGGGACUCUUGCCUUAAGGAGUGUAAACUUUAUCUGCAUUUGCUGAUUUGUAAAAUAAAAUUAAAAAUGAAAAAAAAAAAUGAAAAUGCAUGUCACUUAAAUGAAAUUCUCUAUUGUAAAUAAAUUUUUUCGUUGAAAGUUGA